AUGAAGAAAGGACCAAAAUUUAUCAAGUACGUAGUGAAUAGUGGAGAUAGAGGAAAGGCAAAAAGUUGUUAAAUCUGCAAUCAGUCUUUUUCUGCACUUUCGGCUAAAGAGCAUCAAUGUAAGAGAUGUAAAAGGGCAGUGUGUGAAAAAUGUUCCCCUUACAAAGCUUUCACGAUCAUUGAUGGUGUUCCUUCUAAGACUGCACAUAGAUAAUGUUAUCUUUGCAAAGAGGAAAGCGAAUCUCUAAAGAAGUUUAUAAAUCAAUACAAAAUUGUAUUCAUGGAAGAUACUUUUUCAAAGGAAUGGUUGAAAUCGUUUGGAAGCAGCGUUGAACAAGCAAAUUUAGAUUUCGAUUAAUCGUAAAGAGAAGAGAGCAAUUUAAGAAAUAAAGAAGAAAGUGUGAAAAUGAAGAGUGAGCUUCCAUAAGUAUUUUAGGAGAUUGUUCACUUUAAAAAUUAUUCAUUAUCAGAAUUUUUCUAUUUAGUAAUAAAGGAUUUUAACAUCACAUUGAUUUUGGAUUCAAUUAAUCGAGUACUUGGAACAUUUUUGAAAAUUUACCCAGAAGUAGGUUAUGCCCCAGAUUAAGUCUUCACAACAUUAUUUCUGUUGUGUUUUUGCAGCGAAGCCUCUGCCUACUAAAUUUUGGUCUUUAUGUAUUCCCUAAUUAUUCCGCAUUAUACAUACCCUUUGAGUUUGAGAAAGGAGAAGUGCGAAUUCUUCACAGAAAUAGACAAGACUAUGUAAGUAUUAACUUAGGCAUACAAAAUCAGCUCCCAGGAUUCCCCUUAUGUUAAAACAUUUUUAAGAUAUAGAUUGGUUCGUUAUAUAUAAUCUUUUACCAUAAAUUUCUUUUUAUUUGAAACUACCUUUUUUAUCAUUAAUUAACUUUUUUUGCAACCCCAAACUGGUUAUGAUGAUUUAACUAAAUAUCUGGCAACUGCUUACAAUGGAUAUAUAUAGAUAUUUCGCUAAUAAUCUUAAGAUGAAAUUGAAUUGAUUUUAUUAAGAAAUGUUCGUUCCGGAAAAAUCCAAGAUGGAUAUUUCUUGACGAAAUAAGUUGAUUUCUCCAAAGUUAUUCCAGUUGUCCAAAAAUCUAGUAGCAAUAUAUCAGCUAGGCAACCAUCAUUUUUACAAGAUAGUGAAUCAGGGACAGGUAUAAAACAACAAGAUUAAAUCAUUAUUUUGAGAACAGAGAUUGAAAGAUAAUAAAAAAUUAUUCAAGAAUAACAAAGCAAAAUAGAUAAGUAAAAAUUAGAGAUAGAAAACUUAGAAUUGAAAUUACAGUAAACUUAAUAAGUUAUAUCCUUAUAUAAGUCACCAGGAAAGGACAUCAAUUUAGAUUAAUAUAUAUCUUAAUAGGAUGAAGAAUUGCAAAAUCUUAGAAGAGUUACAUAAUAGCAAAAGUAAAACAAUUUUGAUUUAGAAAAAUAAUAAAUGUAGGCCUAUAUCAAAAAGUUGGAGUCUUAAGUAUUUAUUGAAUACAAAGCAAAUAUCCAAUUAAAAGAACAAUUAGAAUAGUCCUAAUUAUCCAAAAGUCAAGCAUCUACUGCAAGCCAAGAUUAGUAUGAAUAUGAGAUUUUAGAAAAAAAUUUAUAGAAGUACAAAAGAAAAUAUGAAAAGUUAAAAGCCAAAUAAUCAAGUUAGGAUUAAAAUUAAUAAAGAUCUAAAAAGGAUGAAAUCGCAAUAGCUGAAUUAGAAGCAAAAUUGUAAUUAAAGGAAAAACAGAUUUCAGAAUUAGAAUUAAAGUUGAAUAAAAACAAAUUCGAUACAACAGCUAAAAUAGUUGAAUUGGAAAGUUCAAUAGAGCAAUUAGAAAAACAAAAUAAAUUAUACAAGAAGUCUAUUUAAGAUAUUGAAACUAGAUAAUCAAGUUUAUAUAAGUAGGAUAAUGGUUUAGUUUAACAGCUAUAGAGAUAAAUCACAGAUUCAUAAAAUGAAUCAAAUUUGUAAUUGAGACAAGUCCAAGAAAGGUUUAAUCAAUAAAUACAACAAUUAUAAUAACAAUUAUAAAAGGAAUAAAAAGCUAGAUUUUUGGCUGAAUCAUAACUUAAAGAUCUAACCAUUAAACUAGAAAUUUAAGAAAAAUAAUAAAAAUAGGUGACAACAUCAAUACAAAAUUCUUAUCAAGAUAUAAGCAAUGGAGGAGAACUCCAGAAAGAAAUUUAGCGGCUCUAAGCAUAAUUAAAGGAAUAGGAGGAAAGAUAUUAAUAAUUAAAAUCAAAACAUUAUGCUCACUUAUAAAUGAUGAUUCAAGUAGAAAAAGAUAAAUUGAUUAAUCCAGAAAUCUAACUUAGUCUAAUAAAUAGUCAAGAAAAAGAGUUGACUGUAUUGUAAGAAAAACUUGAGAAAAAGAAAACAAAAAUUAAAUAGUUAAAGUAAAAAGAAAAAGCUUGGAUGAAAAUUAAUUAAGACAAUGUUGUAAAAAUUAAUUAAACAACUGAUGGCAAACACAUAGGAGAAUUAUUGACUAAAACUAUUGUUCUAUUAAAUUUAGAUGGUAAAGUUUCAACUAAUCAUAUAAAUGAUUAAGCAAUUGCUCUAAUAGUAGAGAAAAUUAGUCAUUUAAUUGAGUAAUAAACUACAUUUUCAGAGGAAUUCUCAAAUAUUUUUGAGGAUGGUUAAUUUGUAUAAAAGUUGAAUGAAUUAAUGGAUGAAGUGGAAGAUUCAUUUGUAUUUGAUUACAAUUCUUUAAAAUCUUUGAUUGAAAAAGUUAAUAGUGUGUUUUCAAGAAUUAAUUCAACUAAAUAAAAAAUAUUACAAAUAUUCAGAUAGACUUUUGAUUAAAAUGACUUGAACUAAAACCCAAAUUUGGACAUUGUAAUAUUAUAAUUAUAAUAAAAACUAUAAUAAUUUUAAAUUGACAAAGAAGAAUUAGAAUCAAGAAUUUAAUAAUUACAGUUAUCUAAAAAUAAAUACUUGGAGGUUUAGGAAGAAUCUAAGAGGGAAAAGAAAAUUUUAUAAGGAGUUAGAGAUAUAAUUAUAGAUCUACCGAUCUUUUCUCCUUCUGAGGUGUUUUCUUUUUCUGAUUAGAGGUUCAAAAAUAAGUAAGUUGAUUAGGAGGAUGCCAAAUUGAUUCUUGAAGUAAGAAAUUAAUAAAUAACAACAUUAAAAGUGAUUUUAACUGAAAAGUAAACGCAAUUAGAGACUCUUAAUAAUGGGAUGAUAAAAUUAAAGGAUUUAAUGAGCAAUUAUUUUGUACAAAUUAUGAAAUGA